AUGGCGCCCCUUCCAACAGAUGUGCUCGUCCGAGUGACGGCUGGCCCCACUUACGACCCCUCCACCCACCAGACAGUCCUCGUCAACUCUGCGACACCAACACACAUUACUUCUCCGAAUUGUACAGCCAACCUCUCGGUCCGCAUACAGAACUACAGAGGUCUGCCCCCCAAUUCUCCUAAAACCUCGCCAUACUUUUCCCACCCCACCCACAAAUCUGACCAAUACUCCAUCUCCUUCACGCUUUUACCACAUAAGACCAUAUCCGGUCAAUCCCUCGUCUUUGGCAACGACAUCGACCACCCUGUCCGCGAUAAAUUGCCCUAUGGCACCGGAGCGGCCUUCAAGAUCCUUAAGCGGGUAAUAGAUCCUGGAUUAGACGGAGAUCUGUAUGCAGAUAAGCCGCAUCUAUAUGGCUGUGCGUUGAGUAGCCUCAAUGUUAUCAAUGUUGGGGAGAAGGUGAAGGAGGGGCAGGAGCCGACGAAAGAUGGCGAAUUGGAGGAGGUGAUUGAAGAAGGCGGGGAUGGGGAUGGAGCGGAGUGGAGGACGAAGAAGGAUGUCCCUGAAACAGCUGGGAAGAGAAGGAGUUGGUUUCUGGGGAGCGGAAAGCCGGAGACUUGGAAAUGGGAGGAAGGCAGAGUUUAUAAGUGCGACUUCUUCAACCCAUAUCUGGACUUCAAUGGUGAAGUGCUUUUCGUGGUGGUUUUCUCUUUAGUUCGUAAGGAUGCUUUGCCCAAUGACGAGCAUACUUCAGUUGCGAAGAGUUCGAUUGACAGGAAGGACGACCCAGCUGUCACACAUGAGGAUGGAGAGAAGUUCCGGCCAAGUAAUGAUGAUGUUGACUGA